CCUGCAGCCCAUAAAAGAUCCCCCAGGGAAUCGCGGUCUCUUCGGUGAUCCAGCCACGCUUCCGAAGGGUCCCACCGUCGCCUCCAUUCAUGAGCAUCCCACUGGCCCUCAAUGCCUCCUACCGGGUCUACCCUGCAGGGGUGGUGGCUCCCGCUGACAUGGGCUACGACGGUUACUACUGGCCCUCGGUGAAGGAGGAGAUGGAGCCGGGGAGCUGCUCCGGGGGGUUCCCUGCCCCCGAGGCUGUUAACGGCCCGGAAGGGAAGGGCCCCAGCAAUAACCCAGGUAAGCUGAUCUCCUAGGAAAACCCGCAAAGGAGGUUUGCAGCCCUCUUUGCUUAAGUCUCUUAAAGUCACUUCACCCAGGAAAGCUGACUCCAUUGCACCAGGGUUACCCCAAACAUGGGUCUCUAGCUGUUCUUGGGGUACAGUUCCCAUCGUCCCUGACCCCUGGUCCUGCUAGCUAGGGAGGAUGGGACUUGUAGUCCAAAAAAACAGCUGGAGACUCAAGUCUGGGGAGCCCUGCAUUCUCAGUUAUGCAAACAUUGGGAGCUUCUUGCAGCGAAUGCAAAGCUUGGAAUUCGCAAACUGAAGCAGAAUACAGAACCCUUUUGAAUACAAAAGUUGGGCAUUUCCUCCCUCGCUUGGUUUUAAUGCACCUAAGCGGGGUUGCUUGUUCGGAAGUCGCUUGGGGUUGCCUUGGGCAAGAUAAAGCGACUAACAAAUUUAGUAAGUAAUAAUAAUGAUGAUAAUUUCGAUGGGGGUCCUUUAACCGAAUUUGGAUUGUGGCCUUUUUCCAUGAUAGGCUUGGGUGGUGUGCACGGCAGUAGGGCGUAGUGGGUAGAGGGGGUUGAACCCGGGAGACCGGGGUUCAAAGGCUCGCUUAGCCAUGAAGCUCUGGGUUUCAUCCCCGGACUCUCUGCCUACUUCACAUGGUUGUUUUGAAGGAUAAAAUGGGGAGGUUGGGGGGGGGGCAUGUGCACCACCUAGAACGCUUUGGAGGAAAGCCAGAAUAGAAACGCAGUAGAUAAAGAAAUAGAAAUCUUUCCUCGGGAGCCCAUUUUGCUGACAGCGCAGGGAACAGGUUGCAGGUGCGCAGUCGGAUCCUAUGCAAAGUUAAGUGCGCGGCGCCUAAUUGGGCUAAAAAAAGUUAUGGAUCUGGAUUUCCAGGCCAGCGCAAAAGCCCAGCCCCUGGUGGAGAGGAGGUAUUCAAGGAACAAUUGUCUGUUUGAAACUGCCCCUUAUCUAGGGAGCAAAACAGGGUCAGUGCUAGGAGUUGCUGCCUAGCCAAAGAAACCGCUUUCUGGCCGGAGAAGAAUGCGCUCACAUCAGCACCACAUUUAAAACGCAUGGCUUUUUCCUCCCCCCCCCCGCCCCAAGGCUACCCUUAUCUCUUAACCUGGAUUAUUACUGGUCACAAAUUGCUCAGUUCCCAACAUUUUGCGGACUCGAAAUGUGAGCGCGAUCUGGGUGUCAACUCGAUAAUCCUGCCCUUCCCUCUUGUUAUGAACGUGAAUUUUGCCGAAGCAUUUUGCAAGCCAGUGACAUACCAGUGUUUUGCAGAGUCAUUUAAGGUAUGAUUGUCUUAAGCAAGAAUUAAAGCAUUGCUUACAUCUAGUUCAUUAGUGUUCUGCAGUCUAGUGAUGCUAAUAACUGUUAAUUGAUGGGCGUGGUCUGUUGGUCCUGGAGAUGAGCAAUGCAAUCCUAGCAAUGUUUACUCAGGUGUAAGUGCUAUUUAAUUCACCUGGGCUUAGUCCCAUGUUGGUGGAGUUAGGAUUUGCAGCCUAUUGAAGGUUUCCUUUUAUGUUUCUAUGUUCAGAGUGUGCAAACUUUCAAAUAUCACAGGAGGUCUGAGAAGUAGCUACAGUUUGAUCUUGCCUGAUGCAAAGGUUCUAUUUAGAAAGUUUGUGUACUGUUUUAUAAACUUAUUUAUCAAACACUUUUUGCAUUCUGGCUUUUUAAGCCCCUAUUCUGCCCUAUUUAUCCUUUGCAUACUGUGUCUGCUUGAUUCCUAGAUCUCUCCCCAAGGUCUUCCAGCUCUGGGAUAUUCACUUAUUAUACACCAGAUUCUGCAACCAGCCCCAACAAGCCGCCCCCCUCCCCAGAUCUGACUUCUACUCCCCAGCGGUGCAAGGAGGAAAGUAAAGGAGGCAAGAAGAGCAAGAACCGCACAGCUUUCUCUCAAAGGCAGCUGCAGGUCUUGCACCACAGAUUCCAGAUGCAGAAAUAUCUCAGUCCACAACAGAUCCGAGAACUGGCCUCUGCCUUGGGACUCACCUACAAACAAGUAAGUGUUUUGCUGAAGCAGGGCAGGGUCAGGCCGGGAGACCUUUGGCCUGAAUUUUUAAAGAGUUGCUCUUUGCUGACUUUCCAGUUGUUCCAACUGGUGGUGGCUCUUGCAUAAGCUGUCCUGCAGAACAGUCUUGAGAUCCACCUUUUCUGUCUUGAGAUCCACCUUUAAUAUUUGUCUGCCACACUUCUGAUUGUGUAUGCCUCACUUAUUUGAGCCUUCCUUCCUUCUCUCCUUCUACAGCUUCCUUUCUUACAUAGCUUGCUUUAUUCUUUCUUGGUGGCAUGCAGAAUUGUAUUUGUUUGCUUGUGCUUUAACUGCCAUGGCUUCUCUGAGCUUCCCUGGGAGUUCUAGUUUGGUGCUGAACUGCAACAAAAUGCUGCAGUGCGGGGUUAUCUUAAUUAGUCAUUUAAUCGUUUGCUUCCCCAUUGCAACAGACUAGUCAAAAUUCCAUGGCACACUUUGAGUUCUCAUUAGGCUGUUUUUGAGGUCCUUCCUAUUUUAUGCACUGUGACUGCUGUUUGUUUGUUUUCUGAUAUUUAAUUUUAUUGGGUACUAUUAUAUUCUAAUGGGUUAUUGAAUAUUACAUCUGAUGCAAGUUGUUUAUUUUAAAGUUACGUUUUGUUAUUAUGACAUUUUUGUAUUGGGUCAAAUUGUUAUAAGGUGUGCAGUCUUUGCUUCUUCUGUCUUGUGUAUAGUAAUAUAGAAAAGCGGUAUACAAAUCAAAAAUUAAAUGAAAUUGCAUGCAAGGUGCCAACUUGUAACAAAUCUCCACCUGCACAUUGUAAUGGAGGGAAUGGCCGACUCUCUACUCACCUGCACAGAACUCCCAGAGAUCUCUUGAGAAGAAGGAAUGCCAAGUUCAUUCUUAGCCUGUUGUAUAAACAUGCUCACUGGGUGAGCUUUUUUGCCUUCAUGGCUGACAACGUAAAGAUCUGAGUGUGUGUUUUGUGAGUGGUGCAAAUACACCUUUGCAUGGAUUGACUAUGGAUGAAGGAAGUUGCUUAUCUUGUACUGUGUAUUUCAGAUAAAAACCUGGUUUCAGAAUCAGCGGAUGAAGUUUAAACGGACCCAGAAGGAAGCUGUGUGGAUGAGAAGAGGAAUAUGCCAACCUCAGGUAAUAAGGCGGCCCAUCUGAUGGAGCAGAACUUCUCCAGCUUCUGACUCAUUAAGAUGCUCCAGUGUGUUGCCUUUAUAGUAGUGCCUGGCCUACAAUGUGAGCAAAAGGGUUGUAGAUUCAAUCCUUGGCAUCUCUAGUAGGGCUGGGAAAAAUCCCUGUGAAACCUGAAAGUGCUGCUACCAUGUAGUCUAGACGAUGACUGAUGCUGAGAUCCUUAGCUCAUCUAUCUGUAUAAGGCAGCUCCUUAUGGUUUUGUCCCCAAAUAAACAGGGCUUUCUAAAUCCAACCUAGAACCAUAGAAUUGUAGAGUUGAAAGGGACCACAAGAGUCACCUAGCCUCACCCCCUGCAAGUCGAGAACCUUUUGCCAAACUUGGGGCUUCAACCCACAGCCCUGAGAUUAAGAGUCCCAAGAUGUAUAGACUGUACAGACUGAACUAUCCCAGCUUGAGCUAAGCCUCCAUUUCUAAGCGUGGGGAGAGAGGACACGGGCACUUUUUUUCCCUUUCAUGUAUUGGGUUCUUCACUGACAUGGGUGUUGACAUAAGCAAACAAGUAUAAUGUCCCAUAUGUGUAUCUCACCAAAAAAUACAAAGCAGGCCUCAGUAUGACAAUGGAGCUUUGAAAUAUUGGUCUAGGGAGCGGGUAUGUUACAUAGGGAGGGGCAGUGGCAGAUAUCCUGACAUGGGCAUGUGAUCAAAAUAGGGGACCCCUCAGCAGCUGUCAUGGAUGCUUUAGAUGAGAUUCCUGCAUUGCAGGGGUUUGGACCAGAUGACUCGGGGGGGGGGGGUCCCUUCCAAGUCUUAAGAUUCUAUUAUUCCAGGGCCGGAUUGAGGUUUGAUGAGACCCUAAUCUACUGAAGGUAAUGGGGCCCUUUAUAUGUCCAGCUGUCCUUUGUCAACAACAAAUUGUCGCUGGUUUUUUUGUGUUGAAUAUAUGCUAUAUGGUAAUUUAUGGACCUAAUAGGUAUCUAAAGCCAUUUGCACAUGUUGGCAUGCAACCUGUCCAUGAGAACCAAGGUACCACUGUAUAGUGGUAGCUCGGUUUACAAACAGCCUUGUUAAUGAACUAUUCAGUUUAUGAACUCUGCAAAACUGGAAAUAGUGUUCCGGUUUGCAAACUUUACCUCAGUUUAUGAAUGGAAGCCGAACGGUGGAAGGGCACUAGCGGCAGGAGGCCUCAUUAGGGAAAGCGCGCCUCUCUUUAAGAACGGAUUUGGUUUAAGAACGGACUUCAGGAAUGGAUUAAGUUCGUAAACCGAGGUACCACUGUAUAUAGAAAUAAGCAAAACAGUGAUAUUUUAGGGAACAGGCUAGGAGGCAGGGCCCAUUACUUACAUCAUAGGAGCCUACGCAACACAAAACACUGUUGCUGUAUGUAGGUUUUAUUUUAUUUGUUUUUUAUCUUAUAUUUUGGAAAUGAACAUCCAUUUUUUUCCCUUUAAUUUUUUUUGGGGGGCCCCAAGAGAGUGGGACCCUAAUCUAGAGCUUGUUUAGCUUAUACGUAAAUCCGGCACUGUAUGAUUCCAUGAAAAGGCCUGUUCCUAAAAGUUCAGGAGAGAGAGCCGCGCACACCCAUCUAUUCCUGGGUCACUUCUGGGGGCAUGAAAAUAACUAAACAAACUGGGAGAUUUUAAACCUUAGGCUAUCUGUUAGGACUACACCCGCAGUGGCCUCAGACAGACCUAACACACAGUAAAGGCAUCUGUUUAGACACACCAUUUUUUAAUCAUUAUUUUAAUGUGGAGUGUAUAUAAGUUUGAAAACAAACACCCUAUUCCUUCAGAGCCAGGAUGCAUGGUCUUAUGGAGCGUUUACAGUUCAGGACAAUAUUUUAAUAAAAAAAUUGUACAAUUUAUAAAAAGGUGGGAGUUCAGUUAGGGCAAAAGGGUCUCUUACACCGAAACAUCCUCUGCCAUGAACACGCAGGGUGGCAUCAGGCACACCAGUACCGGUCUCCACCCUCAAUCUCCAGAGGGGAAUGAUUUUUGCCUAACUUCUAAAGUUGCCUGAAGGACAGCUGAGAUAAUGGAUAAUAAUUUAAUAAUAAAUUAUUACUUAUAGCCUGCCCAUCUGGCUGGGUUUUCCCAGCCACUUUGGACAGCUCCAAACAGAAAAUUAAAAACAUUAAAAACUUUCCUAAACAGGGCUGCCUUCAGAUGUCUUCUAAAAGCCAAAUAGUUGUUUAUUUCCUUGACGUCUGAUGGGAGGGCAUUCCACAGGGCAGGUGCCACUACCGAGAAGGCCCUCUGCCUGAUUCCCUGUAACCUCACUUCUCACAGUGAGGGAACCACCAGAAGGCCCUCAAAGCUGGAUCUCUGUGUCCCGGGCUGAAUGCUGGGGGUGGAGAUGCUCCUUCAGGUAUACUGGGCCGAGGCUGUUUAGGGCUUUAAAGAUCAACACCAACACUUUGAAUUGCGCUUGGAAACAUACUGGGAGCUAUACUGGGAUGCAAUGUGCUUCUGUAGACAGGUGAUGUCUCAAUGCUAAGCAUUGCUAUUUUGGGUGUGUGUUGAAACAUCGCUACUUUUCUCUUUACAGAAUGGUUACCUGGACAUAAACACCAGCUAUCACCAAGGAUACGCCAUCAACGAUGCUAGGAAUAUCCAUUCAUUGGCCAAUGCCCACGAGAACUACGCCAGCAAUCCCGUCGGCGUCAACAACCAGAACUAUAGCAGCGAUCACAGCCAGAUCUACGGCAGCCCCCAGGGUCUGUGUCCGGUUGUGGGAGAAGGAGAGGAUGGAGGCUUUUUUGGGAAGGCUGCUGGGCCCUGUUAUGGCCAACAGGCACUCGGGUACAUCAGCCAGCAAAGGAUGAACUUCUGUCACGGUUUCUCUGCAAGCCUGGAGUAUGCUGCUGUGAAGAUGGAGGGUGGAUAUCCUUUUCCCAGUGUAUCUGCCACUGCACCAGGCACCACCUCUGUCCUGCAACAUUAUCAGACAGACCCUCUUGCAAACCCAAGGACACCAGAGCAGCUCUAAUUCCCAGACUUUAGGUUCUCUCCCAGGGCUCUCAUUCUUUUACUGCUUUCUCUUAAGAUUUUCUUGCUGCAAAUAGGAGUCCCGCUCCUAUCUUCCCACCUCCUUCACUGGCAUCUGUGAGGGAUCUUGGCACUUGGGAAAAAAAACAGAAAAUGGGCAGUUUUAUUGCUGUCUUCUGACUCGGGGGCUGUGUGUGUGUGUGUGUGUGUGUGUGUGUGUGUGUGUGUGUGUUGCAUGUGCAGCUCUGAACUUGGCUUUCAUCAGUUCAUCCUGGCUGGCUCCAGGAAAAGGCACUCGAUGUGUAUGGAAAACCAUGUUCACGAAGAGGAAUCUGCAAAUGUUAGAAUUAACUGCUCCCAUCUCCCCUUGGUUGUCUGCUGUGUGAGUCACUUCCUCAAGAGCUCAAAAUUUGGCUGCCCCUCCCCAACCCAAUUUGAAGGCAGCUUCUAAUCUUUAAAAAAAAAGGACUCUUUUUGUUUCUUUCCCCAUUAUUCUCUUUGAUCUUUCAUGAAAGAUAUUGUUUCUUUCCUAACAAGAGAGCAUUUACUCUUGCUUCAACUGCCUAUCUGUUAAGAGUAGGAUGACUUGGGGGUAGAGGACAGAACUUCUGGUUUAAGGUACAUCCACUACAUGGAAGCAAAGGGGUUGCCUUUCUGACCUAUAUGACAACCUGCUGCUAUUGAACCUGUCCUUCUGCAUCUCUUCACUUGAGGAGACCUCCAAAACCAUAAUGGACAGAGCCAGAUAUAAUCAAGGUGAAAAGUGAGGUUUUCUUUAUUUUGGCAGGAAACACUGUAGGGGGCUUUUUAUUUCCCCUUGCACCACAAAUCUUCAAGCAAUAGCAACGGGUGACCUCUGCAGAUUCUCUUUGAUCAGUCCUGGAAAGACUGCAUAAACAAUCCCACAGUAACCCUCUAGCCAAAGGCUCUCUUAGGUAGGGCUUGGUUGCUGGUGGCCAACUUGGAAUUUAGUAUUAAAUGCCCCCCAAUUUUAUUAUAAAAUAUUUCAUUCGCCAAUAUGACAAGACCUAUCGCCAUAGGGGAUCUACUGUAGCUGCCAGAAAAGAUGGUGGCUUGUGUGAUUUUUUAAUAUGACACUGCAGGACACCGUUGAUUUUUCCUCUGGCUAGCCUUGUUUUUUAAGUCUUACUAUGUAGUGAUUACUGGAAGGGUGAGGAAACUUCUGUCUCCUAUCCGGCCGUACUGUGGACCUACCUGCUUAGCAGCUGCCUAACUGCCUAGGUUAGAUUUUCUUUUGGAAUGAGGGGAGAGUUAAUGGACUUGCCAAAUGUUUUUAGUGUUUCAUAUUCCCGUGGUUCAUGUGUUUGCUUACAGAACACACCUGCUUUCUAGUUAACAGAGUGUUUACUAUAUUGCUGUCUCAUUUUUAAUCUGCACAAGGCAUUGGUGUUAUGAUUGGUUAGUAAAAGUGCAUCCUGAUAACCGUGUUUCUGUUUAGCUUUAUUUUUUUUGUUUGUUUAAAUAAGCC